GUGUUUGUAGAUAGAUCAUAGAUCUGAUAAUAUUCUUCGUCUGUGCAAACACAAAAACCUCUGCCAAGAAAAAUAAUCAGAUCGGACCAAAACAAGUGCAGCAACAAAUGUUCCGAUGGAUGCCUCGACGUCCUCGUCUUCCACCUUAAAACGUUGGAAUUACGACGUGUACUUGAGCUUUCGAGGUGAAUACACACGCCCGAACUUCACGGGUUUCACGAACCACCUCUGCUACGCGUUGAAGCACGCCAAAGUCAACUUCUUUGUCGACGAAGGCAGUCGAAGUGGAUUGGAGUAUCUGAGAAACGAUCUGAAUCAGGCAAUCCAAGGGUCUAAAGUCGCUGUCAUCGUCUUCUCGGAGGACUAUGCGGAAUCAAUAUUUUGUCUUGAUGAUCUGGCGAAGAUCAUGGAGUGCAGAAGAACACUGGGUCAAAUGGUUAUUCCAAUAUUCUGUGAUGUCCAACCUUCAGAAGUCCGGACACAGACCGGUACUUUUGCAACAGCAUUUCUGGACCACGAAUGGCAGUUCUAUGACGCCAAAGAAAGGUUACAUCUAUGGAGAGACGCUCUUACUGAAGCUGCAAAUUUGUCUGGUUUUUAUGUUAGAAACACCAUUUGGGACGAAGGACAAAAGUAUAUCGGGGAAAUUGUCACAGAGAUCAUCAGAGUCUUGCACCGCAUACCAUGCUUAGCCACCAAUCCAGUUGGAAUAGAUUCUCGGGUGCAAGAAAUCAGUAAUUAUUUAGAUGUUGGAGGAUCAAAUGAUGUUCGCAUAAUUGGAAUUUGGGGUAUGGGUGGAGUGGGUAAAACGACGGUUGCCAUAGCCAUUUUCAACAAAUAUCAGAAUUUGUUUGAUGGUAAAAGUUUUCUUGCUAGUGUGAGAGAAGAGAAACUGGUGAAGUCGCAAUACACACUUCUUUCUGAUGUAUUGAGAUCGGGAAACAUAAAGGUUAGUAGAAUUGAUGAAGGGACCGAGGAUAUAAAAAGAAGACUUGGCAACCAAAUGGUACUUGUCAUAGUUGAUGAGGUAGAUAGCGUGAAACAGUUAGAAGCAUUAGCUAUAAAACGUGACUCAUUUGGCCCAGGUAGUAGAAUUAUUAUAACCACAAGAGACCAACAUUUGCUAAAGAUACUAAAAGCGAAUAGGAUAUGUCAUCUACCAGCAAUGAAUAAAGAAGAAGCUCUUGAGCUCCUUAGUUGGCAUGCCUUCAGUAAGAAUUAUCCUAAUAAAGAAUAUCUUCAUGUCUCAAGAGAAGUUGUUGAUUACUGUGGAGGUUUGCCACUAGCACUUGAAGUUUUAGGUUCUUAUCUAUCUGGGAAAAGCUCAAGUGAAUGGAAAAGUGAGUUCGAGAAAUUGAAAUGUCAUCCUCGUGGGGAGAUUCUCAAUAGACUUAAAAUAAGCUUUGACGAGCUAGCUGAUGAUGACCUGAAGGCUAUAUUCCUUGAUAUAUCAUGUUUCUUUACUGGAAUGAGCAAGGACCAUGUCAUGAAAAUAUUGGAUGGCUGUGACUUAUAUCCAGAAAUCGGAAUCAGUGUCCUCCAAGAACGAUGCCUUGUGACUACUAAUGAUGAUUUCACACUGGUGAUGCAUGAUUUGCUUCGCGACAUGGGAAGAGAAAUUGUGCGUUUAGAAUCCCGUGACCCUGGAAAACGCAGUAGGUUAUGGCAUCACGACGAUGUGCUAGAUGUAUUGAUGAACAAAUCUGGAACUGAAGCAAUUCAAGGACUCACUUUAGAUUUGCAAGAGUCUGACGAUACUAGUUUCAGCACAGAAGCAUUUAGAAACAUGCAUAGUCUGAGAUUGCUCAAACUCAAUUACGUCAAGCUCACUGGCAGUUACAACAAUCUGUUCAAUGAUUUAAGAUGGUUGUGUUGGCAUGGAUUCCCCCUGGAGGUCAUACCAGAAGAUUUUGAUCACCCAAACAUAGUUGUUAUUGACCUGAGCUAUAGCAAACUCACACGAGUUUGGGAGGAUUCUGAUCUGUUGCUUGAGAAGUUGAAGUUUCUUAAUCUAAGUCAUUCCCGUUACCUAAGACGAUCACCUGACUUUUCAAAACUCCCAAAUCUCGAGCAGUUGGUACUUCAGGACUGUAAGUCUUUGCUCAACAUUGACCGGUCCAUUGGUCAACUUGAGAGACUUGUUUCAGUAGAUCUUAAAGACUGCUUGCUUAGGGAUCUCCCAGAGAGUUUUUACAAAUUGACAUCUAUUGAAACUCUUGAUCUCACUGGCUGCUCAAAUUUUGAAAACUUGGAGGACUUGGCUGGGAACGUGUUACUUGAGAAGUUAAAGUUUCUUUAUCUUGGUUAUUGCAAUCGCCUGAUCAGAUUACCAGACUUUUCAAAAAUCCCAAAUCUUGAGAGAUUGAUACUUGAAGACUGUAACAGUUUGUCCGAGAUUCACUCUGUAGUACGAUUGAAAAAGCUUAAGUACUUGUCUCUUGCAAACUGCAAUCUAGCAGAUCAUGCAAUUCCUAUAGAUCUUGGGGCUCUAUUUUCGUUAGAAGUUUUAGACGCAAGAGGCAAUGGAUUUAAAUGCCUACCUAUCCUCAGUAGACUUAACAAGCUUCAAACGUUACACUUGAAUAAUUGCACAAACCUUCAGAAAAUUCCAUAUUUACCAACAAAUUUGGAAAUCCUGGAAGCGGAUGAGUGCAUUGCAUUGGAGAAAAUGCCAAAUUUUUCGGAAAUGUCAAGGAUGAGAGUAUUGCAUCUGAAUCACUCCCCCAAAAUCACUGAGAUUGGGGGCUUGCACAAGUCAUUAAAGUCCAUGACAAGGAUUCAUAUGGAAGGGUGCACAAAUCUCACUGCUGAGUUUAGGAAGAAGAUACUACAGGGAUGGACUUCUUGCGGAUAUGGUGGCAUUUUCCUCAAUGGAAAUUAUAUUCCUGAUUGGUUCAAGUAUGUUGGGGAUGAUGAAGUCUCGAUUGUAGUGCCUCAAGGGUUUGGUAGUAAUUUUAAUGGGUUGACUCUGUGCUGUGUAUACUCUUCAAACAAACAACCUGAGGAUUGUCCGCUUGUCAUUUCCGUUCAAAAUACAACCAUGCGUACUGCUUUGCUCGCCCAUAUAACAUAUGCCUCGGUACCAACUUUCUGUGAUUAUGAAGAUCAUUAUCUUUGGCAGGGGCAAUUAUCGAACGAUGUGCUCCGUUGUCGAAAGGGGGAUCAAGUCAACAUUUUUGUAGGGCCUGCUCAGCCUGGAGAUAAUUCUGCAAGAGUGAAGAAAAUAGCGGUUGAUCUUGUCUGGGACAAAUUUAUGAAGGAAAAUAUGGAUGAUUCGCAUCCUGGUUUAUAUGAUUUAAACCCACAUCAGGAUUGUUUGUCGGGAGACAAUGAUGAGGCACGAACAAGCCGUGCCGCAUCUGAUGAGAACCUACCUUCGAAAAUAUUGAGGUCUGAUAGUAUUGGUGGUGGUGAUGACGAGGUAGGAGCAAGCAAUGAUUUAUCUGAUGAGAACCAAACUCCCAAAAGAGGAUUGUUUUAUUUUUUUUCAAAACUGCUUCCGUCGUGUGGUAAAAAAACCAGAUGAUUUAGAAAGCAAAAGUUCCAAGGCACGAAUAGUGGGAUAAAUUUUGGCUCAUGGUAGAGUUAAUACUUGUUACGUUGCCGGAGCAGGAAGGUUAAAGAAAGUGCAUCUCUAUAUUGGUGCAUCGUGUGCAUAAUGGGAGGUGAAAGCAUAGACUUCAGUUUCUCCAUUCACCUGAAACCCAAAAGCUUUGGUACAAACUGUUUUUGGAAGCUAUAAUGUGAUGUGCGAAAAGAGAAGGAAUGUGGAAUAGUUGUCUUAUGACUAUUGUAUGAGUAAUACGAAUGUAACAAGACAAAAAGGAUCAUGAGAUAGAGUUCGCUUUGGGACAUCAUCCUGGGCUUAAUUAUCAUCUUCACUUGUAA